GGCGAACGACUUUAACAGCAGUAAUGAAACACGUUGAUUAAAAAUAAACGCACUUCUUUUGUUGAAUGGACAUACCUAAAAGGGCUUCAGUGCAUGCCUAAAUACAAAAUCAUUAGAUGGCCUUUUAUUGCUGCAGAACUUUUUUUUGGCUGUACCCUUAGGCUUGAUGGAACCAAUAUUUGACGCGUGAUUGUAUCGUAUUUUAACGAACGGUAUAACGAUGUAGCACAUGGUAUGGAAUUACCUUUACUGUUCGCAAGACUGGUUUUCCAGACUAACUUAAACAUGUGUAACCACGUAGUAUAUUGCUUAUUGUGAUUUGCCUUCAAACGGAAAGCGGAAUCUAUUGGGCAUAGUUCGGCGCGAUGUGUAUCGUUGGUGCUGCUGUUGUUUUCCGACGCACAAGUUAUGCCUCAGUGGAAAAUAGAAUUUUGAGUUCUUUUUAUUUGUAAAUGUUUAUUUGUUUCUUUUUUAUUUGUUUCUGGAAAUGAGUAAUUGGAUACAAUAUAUUGAUAGUCUUAUGAUAGGAUGCUCUGGCAAGUGAGAUAAGCAAAGCUAGUAUUAGCUAGGUGCCCAUAGUACAUUAAAUAAAACUGAAAAUCUACUUAAAAAUUCAGGAAUUGGUAUCCUUGGUUUUUAAAUUACACAAAUUCGUUUGCGAGCUCGCUAAACUUGAAGCUUUCGAAUGAUUCUUCUUUGCAUGCUUGAUACUCGUAUUAUGCCACACUUUGGAGUAAAAAAAAACUAUCUUUUCCGACACCGACGUGAGUGAUGUUGUAUAUUUUGUACUUAUUAUACAGUCAACUUGUACUGUAACUUUCCUCAGUUUCCUGUUAGCGAAGUUUGCACCAAAUACUGUGUCAUAUAUAUAAAUGCCCAUAAACAUGGACAAAUUACGACGACAUCUCGGUGGGGGGAAUUCCGAUGAUCAGCAAGGGAUCGUCGAUGAACUCUGGGAAUCUACUUCGUUAUCAUGGGGCACACGCAUCAAGGGGUUUAUUGCUUGUUUUGUGCUUGGAGUUGUCCUGUCCAUCUUGGGAUCGGCCUUCUUAUGGAUACCUGGUAAAGGACUCGCAUUAUUUGCUAUAUUCUAUACCCUGGGCAAUCUGCUCAGCAUCGGGAGCACAUUUUUUCUGAUGGGUCCAGUGAAACAGCUGAAAAGCAUGUUUGCGGAAACGCGCUGGUUGGCGGCAUGUGUUAUGAUUUUGUUUUUUGUUUUGACCCUAAUGGCCGCACUGUGGUGGAAAGCGGCUCUGGCAGCACUGAUUUUCUGCGCUUGCCAAUUCUUGGCUAUGACGUGGUACUCCAUUUCUUACAUUCCGUAUGCCAGGAAUGCUGUGAAAGGUGCUAUGACUUCCUGUAUGGGCGUCUAAACCCUAAAGCACUUCGCGUUCUACCUAGAGAUUUUAGUUUUGCAUGUUAUUUACUGAUUUAUUGUGAGGCGUUUGAUUGUGAUUAUAUUUUCGUUUUCGACAGUGUUUGUAAGCAUUCGCGAAAUGGUGUUUGCGUAGUUUUUCAUUCGCAGAACUAGUAAACCAGAAUAAUCUCACUGGACGGGUUUAGUGUUUUAAGAAAAAUCAAAACACGGUUGUACAGAGUAAGCAUAGCAAAUACUAAUAAAAAAGCACCGG